AUGCGGAAUUGCCGGAGGAGAGGCCCGGCGGCGCUCUUCCUGCUCUGGUUCCUGGCGACGGGCUUCCAGCUGUGCGCGGCCCUGAAUCACGAAGGUCAUGCGCUUCUGAGGUUCAGGGAGAUGGUAGAGGCUGAUCCGCGUGGUGCUCUGCUGGAUUGGGAUGAAGGCCACGCUACCCCUUGUUCUUGGUUCGGCGUGCAGUGUUCGGAUGAUGGACGGGUUGUAGGCCUGAACUUGUCAAAUCUUGGUCUGAAAGGCGUGUUAUCUCCUGAGAUUGGACAGCUUAUUAAUAUGCAUUCUCUUGUACUGCACAAGAACUUGUUCUAUGGUACUAUCCCUAGAGAGAUAGGAGAUUUACGGGAGCUGAAGGUGUUGGAUCUGGGGUACAAUAACUUCAAUGGAUCAAUUCCAUCAGAGCUAAUAAACAUUUUAUCCCUGGAGUUUAUCUUUCUUAAAGGAAACAGACUUUAUGGUGAUUUACCUCUUGAGCUAAAUGAGCUCAUCAGUCUUUGUGAGUCUCAGGUUCACCAAGGCAGGGCUUUGUCAAAUAGGAUGCCCACUGCAAGUUAUUCACUAUGUAGGGGUGAGGACAGCGCUACAACCAGAAGACUUCUAGCAGGCAAAGAAAAUCAUUCUCCAAAGAACGAGAUGCUUGGUUCUGAAAAUUCUGUAUUAGAACCAUCAGAUGUGAUCCCUUUUUUUAAGCUCCAUGAACCCCACAAGGAUCCAGCACCACCAGUUUUGCCCCAUGCCUUGACACCACCUCCUCCUUCUGAACCUGCUCCUUCCCUUGCCUCUCUUGUAUCUCCGAACAAAAACCAAACCGCAAGCAAAGGGAGCAAGAGCAAGAGCGGGAAGAGCAAUUCUGUGACGAUAUAUGCAUUAAUAGGAGCAGCGAUUUGUUUUGUGGUUCUAUCUUUGUCAGCUGCAAUAUUUAUUUGCUACCGCCGUGGGAAGGCUAGCAGUGUUGUGCCCAUGUCUUCAAGUAGGGAACUGCAGACCACUAUCCUGGGAGGCAUAGCUUUAUUCAGACGGUCAGAGCUCGAAACAGCCUGUGAAGAUUUCAGCAAUGUAAUCGGUACGCUACCUGGAUGUACAUUGUAUAAAGGAACUCUUCCAUGUGGAGCUGAAAUAGCUGUUGCAUCUACACUGAUAAAACAUGCCUACGGGUGGUCUGUUAUAGCCGAAGCACAAUUCAAGAAUAAGGUUGAAAUGUUGUCGCGGGUGAACCAUAAGAAUUUCCUGAAACUUGUGGGUUACUGUGAAGACGAAGAACCAUUUACCCGGAUGAUGGUGUUUGAGUAUGUUUCAAAUGGAUCCCUAUUUGAGCACUUGCACGUUAAUGAGGCAGAGCACUUGAACUGGCAGUCGCGCCUGCGGAUGGCGAUGGGAGUAAUAUACUGCCUGUACCACAUGUACCAGCAGUAUCCUCCUGUGAUCCUAAGAAAUCUGAACUCGUCGUGCAUAUACCUGACCGAAGACAACGCUGCAAAGAUUUCAGACAUCGGUUUCGGCGAUGACUGGAAAGAAGGCGAGGACGAAUUCGAUGAGCCUGAAGAGUGCACCAUAGUGUAUAGGUUUGCCUUGCUUCUGCUUGAGACGAUCUCUGGAAGGCGUCCGUUCUCCAAUGACACCGGCCUCCUGAUUCUGUGGGCGCACCGGUACCUCACCGGCGAAAAGCCCUUGACGGGUAUGAUUGACCCGACACUCAGAUCAGUCCCCUUGGAGCAGGUCGCGGCGCUGACAGAGCUGGUGAAAUUGUGCAUAAGAGAUGACCCCUGGCGGAGGCCGUCGGUGGGGGAGGUAACCCGGAGGAUGCAGGAGAUCACUGGGUUCUCUCAGGAUCAGUCGACCCCAAGGAAUAGCGCAUUGUGGUGGGCUGAGCUUGAAAUCCUAACGGUAUAG